AAUGAUGGACGACGAAUCGAUAUCAAAUGCUAAUCCUGUACGGAUUAUGACUCCUCAAAGUAAAGGAACUUUCAACGUUCCAAGACCGUCUAUUUUCCCUGGACUAAACUUUCCUAGAAUUAACGUUACCAACUGGCAUUUAAGGAACGAGAUGCUGGCACUCCAUGCUGCGAGAAUGGCCCAGAUGACUGCUAUGACAAGAAAUUCAACAAACCAUGAUCUCCAACCGCCAAUAGUUCAUACAUCCUCGGGUAAAAAACUCUUCCAGUGCCCUCAAUGCCAAUACGUAACGGAUAGAAAGAACAAUUUAAAAAGGCAUAUAUCAACAAUGCAUCACGAAUGUGAUAAAAUACUGGAGUGUUGUGAAAUCUUAUUCAAGAAUAAGGCCGAUUUACGAGAUCACGUUAAUAAUUAUCAUAGAGCUGGUUACAAAUGUGGUACAUGUGGCAGAAAUUUCUGCCGGAAAGCUCUAUUAAAACGCCAUCUCCUUGUUCAUAAUUCUCAUACUGGCAUAUCUCCUAUACGUUCUUUAGAUAUACGAAGUAUCCCACCACUAUCUAUACCCUAUCCUAUGAUUAAUUACAUGCAAAUUAGUCAACCGUCUCUUACUUCACCGGAAAAGUCACCAGAAAAACCAAAGAAUGAUUCAACAAAAACGCCUCUAAAAUUCGGUAUGGACUUUAUAUUAGGAAAGGAAGAGAGCACAACUACGAAAGAAAAACAUGAUUAAUCGGACAAAAAUAAAGAUUCAGAAAGAGAAUGAGAACGAGAGAUAUAUAGACUUUAUAGACAGAAAGAGAAAGAGACGUGCAAGGAAAAGUAGGUCGAUCUAUUCAAUUUUUGAUUUGGAAGUUAUGAUAAAGGAAUAUAAAAAAAACCGUACAGAAUAAUUUAUGCCUUUUUAAAAGCUUAUUUAUUGUUAUUGUUCAAGUGUGC